UCUUUUCACACUUAUCCUGCAACGACAACUCCAUCGAACCUCUCGAUUCAUCCUGCAGAGCGAGUCAAAUUUGGAGGUUGAAGGGGAUCAUGGUGUCAUUCAGAUCACUACACUCCUUGAGAACAAAACUUGAAAGCGCAUUACCAUUACCAGCUCGUAGUUCCAUAUACAGAGUCCCAGAAACACUACGAAGGUACAAUGAAAUGGCCCCAAAUCUGGUUUCAAUUGGGCCAUUUCACCAUGGAAGAGAGCGUUUGCAAGCCAUGGAAGAAAUGAAAAUAUGGUAUUUGAAUUGCCUUCUUGGUAAACAAACUCUAGCCGACCGUUUGUGGGACCUUCUCUUAAAAAUUGAAGAGCAAGAAUAUUUUUGCCGUGAAUGCUAUGAAGAAAGGUUUCCUCUGUCUAGUGAUGAAUUUGUAGAAAUGAUGCUCGUUGAUGGCUGCUUUAUUAUUGAACUUCUCUGCAAACAGCAAGGCCAUUCUCCCGUGGAAGAUGAUGAUGCUAUUUUCAAGACGCAAAGGAUGUUGUCGACAAUUAAAAAUGAUUUGUUGCUAGUUGAAAACCAACUCCCAUGGAGGGUUCUUUACUGCUUAUUCAAGGUGGUAGAUGUUGAUUUCCAUCGAAUGCCAUUGCCAUCUCUACGUCAACUUGCUUUCCUUUUCUUUCAGAACCCCACAUUUCAACAGUCAUUUGAAAGUAUAAGGCCUCUAAACCUCGAAGAAGAAUUCGAAAGCAGCCAUUUACUCGAGACUGUAAGAAAUUUUGUGGUUCAACCAUACAAGGAAGUUGUGAAGGAUACUGAAUAUCGAACUCCGAUUCCUUCCGUGUCAGAGCUUCUAGAAAUUGGAGUCAAAUUUGUGGCUGGCUCAUCCAACAAUGGUCAGCUCGGCAUUACCUUUAGAAAUGGAGUGAUGGAGAUUCCACCAAUAAUAAUAAAGGAGGAUGGAGAAUGUUUCAUCAGAAACCUCAUAGCCUACGAACAAUGUUUACAGAAGCCCGACCAGUGUCACAUGACCUCUUAUGCCAUCCUGUUGAGUCAACUUAUUGAGUCUGUACAAGAUGUGGACUUUCUGAUUCAGAAAAAAAUUAUAACUACAGAGUUGAGCAAGGUGAGCACAGCCUCUUUCUUCAAAAGGCUUUCCAAAGGCAGUGAAGCCAUGUUCUUCUUUUACGGUGACCUCGCAGAGGAAGUAAAUGAAUAUAUUAAGCGUCGCUGGCUAAGGACUUGGCUAAUAAGGGUCAAACGGAAUUAUUUAUACAAUCCGUCAUCAUUCUGGUCUGUUUCUAAUGGAGUGGCCGUUAUUCUCAUCCUUACCUUAACGCAGACCAUAUAUACUGUUCUCUCCUACUACAAGUAGCCAACCCUACCACCAGAACCAAUUCUCCUUUUGCUUUUUCUUUCGUUUAUUUUUUUUGUUUCCUUCAAUGUCU